AUCUUACAUAACAUACAUCAUCAUCAUCAUCAUCAUACAUAACCAUCGAGGCCACUCUUCUCUUUAUAUUCUCCCCUUUGCCACCAAUUCUUGUCUUCAAACAGCUCUUCACUAGCCCUCUCACUCUCCCAACUAUAAACCAACCAAAGCCCAUAAUAAAAUUAACAUUCGGUCAAACAAUGGGUGAGCAACAAGGAGCUAAACCUGAAGCCGAGAAGAAGCCCGCCGCCGAUGCCGGCACUAAGAAAGAUGACGGCAAGGUCACCGCCGUCUACAAGAUUGAUAUGCAUUGUGACGGUUGUGCUAAGAAGAUCAAACGCGCGAUUAAGCAUUACGAUGGUGUGGAUGAAGUGCAGACGGAUCGUGGAGCCAACAAACUAACGGUGAUUGGCAAAGUGGACCCCGCCAAAGUCAGGGAUAGAUUGGCUGAGAAAACCAAGAAGAAAGUCGACCUUAUUUCUCCUCAGCCUAAGAAAGAUGACGCCCCAGCCGCCGCUGGCGGUGGUGGUGAUAAAAAACCUGACGCUGAGAAGAAACCUGAAGAGAAAAAACCACCUAAAGAGAGUACGGUAGCUUUGAAGAUUAGAACACAUUGUGACGGUUGUAUCCGCAAAAUUAAGAAAAUCAUCUUGAAAUACAAUGGAGUUCAAUCGGUGAACGUGGAUGGAGCGAAAGAUUUAGUAACCGUAAAAGGUACAAUGGACGUCAAAGACCUCAUUCCUUAUCUCAAGGAGAAGUUGAGACGAAGUGUCGAUGUAUUUUCACCCAAGAAAGAUGACGCCGGUGAGAAAAAAGACGGCGGAGAGAAGAAAGACACCGGAGGUGAUAAUAAAGAGAAAGGAAAAGAAGCUGCUGCGGUUGGCGAGAAGAAGGAAGGAGGUGGAGAAAAGAAAGAAGGCGGCGGGGAGAAAAAGGAAGGCGGCGGAGAGAAGAAGAAAGAUGGCGGUGAGAAAAAAGAAGAUGGCGGUGAGAAAAAGGAGGGCGGCGGGGAGAAAAAAGAAGGUGACGGUGGUGAAGCUAAGAUGGAGGUAAGCAAGAUGGAGUAUCAUGGAUAUGCAUAUCCCUCACGGCCAAUGUAUUGGUCGGACGGACACGUGUAUGGUAAUCCGAGUUACGCAAUUGAGGGAUACCAGAAUCAAUAUGGCGAGUACGGAUACAUGAAUCAUCCUGGGGACAUGAAUCAUCCUGGUUACAUGAAUAUGAAUCAAGGGUAUAAUAUGCAUCCUUGGUAUGCAAAUCAAGGAUACAUGACGGACCCGCGGUAUCAGCACCAUGCGCCUCAGAUGUUCAGUGACGAGAAUCCGAACUCGUGCUCGGUCAUGUAAGAAAGGAGGGGGAACUUACCGUUGGAUUAGGAAGACACUAAUCCUGUAAAUAUCAGAACUUUCUAGGGAGAGAUAAGUAAAUAGAGUCCUCGAAGAAGGACGAUGUAAACGGAUCGAAUAGGUUAGAAGUUUUUAAGGAUGAACCAGCCGAUGCUGGCUGGUUAUUGGGUGGUCGUUGGUUGUUUCUUUUUGUUCCUUUUUAUGUCUAAAUUUUAUUUUCAG